UGCUUUUAGUAACUGUGCUGCUUGCUGCUUCAUUGUGAGCCUGACUUCCUCUCUCUCUCUCUCUCCCCUUUUCUCUGUCUGUGUGUGUGUGUGUAAGACAGAAUACACACUGCCAUUUCUCCUUCCUGUGGAUAAGGAGGAACACUCUAAAGCCAUCAAACUGAUGCUGCCGCUUGUGACUUCUCCAGCAGAUGUGAAGACCAAGCAAUGGAUUUUACUGGCUGGGAGAUAAUACGGGAUCACAGGGCUGGAGAGCAGAAAGUGGAGACUGUCUCUUUCUUAAAGGAUUUUCUUUUUGGUCUGUAGGGUGAGCGUGUCGCUUUUGCUUUUCGUGUGAUUUUUAUUUCUCUCUCUAGCCCCUUCUCUCUCAUUUUUGCUUUUUUUUUGAAAAAAUAACACGGACUGUCACCGGUGCUCAAUCCUGGAUAGUGUGAAGUUCAACGUGUUGAAACAUUUUGCCGGCUCCAGGAUGGGGAAUGCAGCCGGGGGUAUGGAUAUGUCCCCGGGGAAAGAAAUCAGGUGCCCGCAGGCGACUGUUCCCAAACAGCCCAUGCCGGUUAACGAGGACGAGCUGGAGGAGAGAUUCUCCCUUGUGUUGAAUUGUAUGAACCUGCCUCCAGACAAAGUGAAGUUGCUGAGCCAGUACGACAACGAGAAGAAAUGGGAACUUAUCUGCGAUCAGGAACGAUUCCAAGUGAAGAAUCCUCCGUUUGCUUACAUCCAGAAACUAAGGGGAUUCCUGGACCAGGGUGGGGUCAGGAAGUUCAAGAGACGGGUGCAAGAAUCAACCCAGGUCUUGCGAGAGCUAGAGAUUUCAUUGCGGACCAAUCACAUUGGUUGGGUGCAGGAGUUUUUGAAUGAGGAGAACAAGGGAUUGGACGUGUUGGUGGAGUACUUGUCCUUUGCACAGUGCGCUGUCACAUCAUUUAAAGAAACUGCAUGGAAUUUUGUGAGGAGUUUGAGUUAUGUUGAAAGGCACGACAUGGAGAGCACAGACAAUGGAGGAAUUGUUUCUGAAAAGAGCAAACCCUUAGACAGAUCUGUGGAGGACCUCAGUAGAAGCAACUCUUCACCUACCCAUGGAUCAUCCAGAACUAGUGGCCGUCAUCUCACUGUCAGGCACACCAUGCACAGUAGAAAAGCACUGAGGAACUCCCGGAUUGUGAGCCAGAAGGAUGAUGUUCAUGUCUGUAUCAUGUGUCUACGUGCCAUCAUGAACUACCAGUCUGGAUUCACCUUGGUGAUGGAACAUGAGCAGUGUGUGAAUGAGAUCACGCUCAGCCUCAACAAUAAAAAUGCAAGGACAAAGGCACUGGUGUUGGAACUAUUAGCCGCAGUGUGCUUGGUGCGAGGAGGGCAUGACAUCAUCCUUUCAGCAUUUGAGAACUUCAAAGAGGUCUGCGGAGAGAAGGUGCGAUUCGAGAAACUGAUGGAGUAUUUCCGAAAUGAGGACAACAAUAUUGACUUCAUGGUUGCCUGUAUGCAGUUCAUUAAUAUUGUUGUACACUCGGUCGAGGACAUGAACUUCCGUGUCCAUCUCCAGUUUGAGUUCACCAUGCUGGGCCUGGACGAGUAUCUUCAGAAACUAAAAUCAUCAGAAAGUGAGAGGUUGCAAGUGCAGAUCCAGGCCUACCUGGAUAAUGUGUUUGAUGUUGGCGCACUGUUGGAAGAUGCAGAGACCAAGAAUGCAGUGUUGGAACAUGUCGAAGAACUCCAGGAUCAAGUAACGCAGCUGAUGGAAAAGCUGCAAGAGGCUGAGAAUGAUUCCAUGAUGAAAAUAGCGGCAUUGGAGAAACAGCUUAUACAGUCACAUAAAGAAGUGGAGAGUCUCAAGGAGAACUUCAGCCAAUCAGCAACGAAGAUGCAGACUCUACAAGCACAGAUAACAGACAGAGAGCGGGUGAUCCAACAGCACAUGACCUUGGAGCAGAAACUCUCCCAACUGGAGCAACAAGGGCUGAUCAAAAUCCAGCGAGGAGACAAUGGAGAUCUGGACAUAGAAAUCAUUCCAGUAGUGGUACACCAGACUGUCGUAACAACGUCACCAGAACCUGGGCCCAAACACAGCAAAGAUGCUCCUCCAGCUCCGACAGUCACUGAGAAUGCUGUUGAAGUGACCAGGCCGAGUGCCCGCCCGUCUCAAGCCCCAUCGGAAGAGAGUCUCAAUGUGCCCCCUCCCCCACCCCCUCCCCCGCUGCCAACCCUGGCGGAGACUGACGGAGCGGGGGCACAACCUCCUCCACCGCCACCUCCUCCUCCACCCCCGGGUGCUAGCGUCCUUCCUCCUCCCCCUCCACCACCCCCAGCCCCAGGAGCACCACCGCCCCCAGGAGCACCACCGCCCCCAGGAGCACCACCGCCCCCAGGAGUACCACCGCCCCCUCCUGGAGGCUCUGAUGCCAUGCGCAUUGCAGCAACAACAGGUCUGAAGGUAAAGCAGCCAAUCAAGACGAAGUUCCAAAUGCCAAUCUUGAAUUGGGUGGCACUGAAACCCAAUCAAAUCAAUGGAACUGUCUUCACUGAACUGGACGACGAAAAGCUGUUGCAGGAGCUGAACAUGGCAGAGUUUGAGGAGCGAUUUAAAACUAAGGCUCAGGGCUCGUCAGUGAAUAUCAACACCUUAAAAAUGAAGGUUACACAGAAGGUGGCGAGUAAGGUGUCACUGAUUGAGUCAAACCGAGCGAAGAAUCUGGCCAUUACUCUGCGGAAAGGAGGCCUGAGCUCUGAUGAAAUCUGCAGUGCCAUUGACAAAUUUGACUUGCAGUCGCUCAAUCUGGAUUUCAUCGAGCUGCUGACUCGCUUUGUACCAACCGAUUAUGAGCGGAAAGUGCUGCAGCAGUAUGAGGCCGAUAAGAAACCGCUGGAGGACCUGGGGGAAGAGGAUCGCUUCAUGAUCAAAUUCAGCAAGAUCCCACGACUCACGGAGCGACUAAACAUCAUCAUCUUCAUGGGCAACUUCAGUGACAGCAUUCAACUACUGACACCGCAACUGAAUGCCAUCAUUGCUGCAUCGAUGUCCAUCAAAUCGUCAGUGAAGCUGAAGAGAAUUCUGGAGAUCAUUUUAGCAUUUGGGAACUACAUGAAUAGCAGUAAAAAAGGAGCCGUUUAUGGCUUUCGAUUGCAGAGUCUUGACUUGCUUCUUGAAACCAAAUCAACAGACAGAAAACAGACGCUAAUGAACUACAUUGUGGACAUAAUCCACACACAAUAUCCUGAACUCAGUACCUUUCAUACUGAGCUGCUGUUUGUCGACAAAGCUGCUGCAGUGUCACUGGACAAUGUUCUACAGGACGUGCGAUCGUUACAACAGGGAAUGGAACUUGUCCGGAAAGCUUUCAUGGUACAGGAUACCAGUUUACUCCUGAAAGAGUUCCUGAGCAGCAACAGUGAGAAAGUGGACAACUUACAGAAGGAUGGCAAAACUGCACAGGAAGCUUACCAGUCUGUCAUUGAGUACUUUGGUGAAGAUAUUAAAACAAUGCCUCCAUCCAUGUUCUUCCCAUUCUUUUUGAGAUUCAUCAAGGCUUACAAGCAAGCUGAGCAGGAAAAUGAGAGCCGAAAGAAGCAAGAAGCAAUGGCCAUUCAGAAUACAGAGGACAAAAUCUCAUCAUCCAACGUCGACCAGCCAGAUGUGAAGCCCCUUCCCAUUAGGAAUAAAGUCCCUCACAUGGAUCUAAUGGCCGAGCUGAAGAAGAAGCAGCAGGGCAAAGAGAGAAUGGUGUAUGAGGGCAAGGAUGGAGCAAUUGAGGAUAUUAUCACAGAUCUACGCAACCAGCCAUACAGACGAGCAGACGCCAUGAGGAAAAGUGUUCGGAAGAGAAUGGACGAACAGACCCUUCGCGUAUCCGGAGAAGUCUCGUUAUAACCAGUUGCCUGAGUGGUCAGGGGAGGGGAGAGUCAGAUAAAUACCUGGGUGAAGAAGCUGGCACCAGUUGUGACUUGCAGCCAUAGCUCUAUACCAUGCUGUAAUCCCAGUUUAGUAACAGACCCCUUUUGUAUACACAAUGUAAUUCAAUUGCUUGAUGUAGAUAAUUUACCAGUGCAAAUGUCUUUGAGGGCCCAAGGUGGAUAGGAUUAAGGAUAUAAGAUUCCAAACAUAGCUGAAGUAACAAAGGCUGAAAAUUCUUGAAUAUAUGGGAAACUAGAGGGGGAAGAUAUGACUGUCACUUCUCCCUUGGUGAAGGGGCUCCACAUCAACUCCAUCCAGCACCAUGCCCCCAGUGGGUAUCUCUUGGUUAAUGACCUUAAAAACAGAACUGGACGUGUUUCUUGGUUAAUACAUGUUAUUUACAUAUCUGCACUGCUUUAGCCACCUUGCUUUGCAUCUUCUGCGUUUAAGACUAGAGAGGUAGUAAUUAAAAACUGCCCAGAAAUUAACAGGAGCGUUUUCACUGACACACAGACAAUCACAAGGAGACUAAAAACUGAAUUCAGGGUACAGGAUGGGCUGGACUCUGUGACAUUAAGAUGUGAACAUCUUAAUUCCAGUUUAUAGAGAUCUCCCUAAUUUACGAAGUUUACUGAUAAAAGGUGAAAUUGCUGAAGGGUGAUUAGUCGCCAAUCAUUCAGUGACACAAGAUUGUAUUUGGCUGGACUGGUUAUAGAUUAGCUAUUAAAAAAUGUAGCUAUAUAAUCUUUUUUUUCAAAGUCCUCUAAUGCUACGAAAAAUAGGAGUAUAUAGGAUGAGAAUUCAUUAAUUGUGUAGGAUGACCGUCUUGGUCUGAUCAAGAGUUAUGGCAGAAUCGAAGAGAAACAGCUUAGAAAUUCAGGGAUGCUUCACCCAGAGACUGACUAAUGCUCUAAAAAUCUCAGACUAUGUUGAGUUUGUAUCCAACGCACCACUGAAAUUAGGAGUACAUCUUAGUACUGGGCAGUUCACAACACAGCCGUUCCAUAUGUAGAUCAAUAGACCUCAGGUCUCAGUAAAAGAGUAGUUCUUUCACAUUUAGUUCCAGAUUAGGGCUAAAAAGAGCUUUUCCAGCAAAUGACAAUGAAGAUCUUCCAAAGGCCUUUUCCAUAUAGUCACCACUGGGUCACAGAGGGGAGCGCAACAGUCCUGUUCCUGAUCUGUGCUGUAGCUCAAGCCUGCUUUUUCACGCCUUUCAAGUGAGCUGGUGUUACAUGAGUUGGCCAGAGUAGAUAUCUGCAUUUGCACGUGGUUUCCGCUGGGAUAGGGAGGAGGAUAUUCAGGCCCUUCCCACUCCUAAUUGAAAUUGUGGAGUUAAAGGGAGAAAGGUAACUAAAGUAAAAAUGGGCUGUUGUGUAGGAUUGGUAUCAAGACAGCCUCAGAACUUUGGAAUCACCAGCCCUGAAUUCCAUGGGUUCCUCUCUAGUGAAGCCCUCAGGACCUGACUAUUUGCAUCAUCCACAACAAUAAUUCAUCUCAUCCAAACGUUAUGACGGAAGAUCAAGAGAUAAAAGCUGUUGGAGUCAUGAUGCACACUCUGAGAUAGUCAUUAGGAUACACAAUCCAAUCACUUUCUACCUGUGAUUAAGCUAAACACAUCAUUUCAAAGUCACCAGGUUCCUGAUAUCUAAUGCACCCAACAGCCAUUGGAUAAAUCUGUUUUUACUUCUCCAUGUUAUUAGAUUUUUAUUUUUACUUUUUAUAGGGGUAUGUUAGUAGUAGAUUGCACUUGAAAAUAUAAAUUGUGGCAUUAUUUCUUGCAGCAGUAAUUUCACUUGUUAAAACCUUUGCAGAUCAAUGUAAAUCUUUUUUUUCUAGUUGUACAUGAGGUUGUAAAUCUUUCUUCUAAAUUAUCCUUAAGUAUUCAGUUUAGACCCAUUCACGUCAACACAUCCUGUUUAAAUGCAAAGGAGGAUCAAUGGAGGGGUUAGGAGUGUAACUGCGCAUUUGAUCUGCCUUCAGUCUGUGGGCUGGGUAGGUGUCAAGGCAAAAGGGAGAGUGUUACCAUCCAGCAUCCGUGACAAUGAGGUAAGCUGAAGGGACUCAAAGCAAUGGGAACUGGACUGUGCGACCCAUUUGGCAUCCCAGUAAUUAAAUUGGCUGUUUUCUUCUGGAUUCUAUGAAAAUGUAUCAGGUUUUGUCUGAAAACACUCCUGUGAAAUUUCUUGAGAGAUUUUGUUGUUGGUAGUGCUAUAUAAAUGCAAGUCGUCCAAGUGAUUGUGAUUUGCCAUGGAGCGUAGCCAAAACAGAAAUGAUGUUGAUUGCACCUUUGGAGACAAACUGUUGGUAAUUGUUGCUUCUCUGACCGGUUCUGUUCAGCCUCUGAGGAUCCAUGUCCAGAAGUUGAUCGAUUCAACAGCAAGGCUAGGAAAUUGGUACUCUUUGACAGUGUUAAACUAAGUCUGUAUCAGUGGCCUUCCUUUUAUUAACACAUGUGACUGCGACAUGUAGACAGUGCCUCCUAUCUGAUUUGGCCUGUAGGUGUUUGUAACAAACACAUGACUGAGGGAGGAAUUGUUUAAGUAAAUUGAGAUGAGGCUAAAAUGUACAGAGCAAAGUAACCCCGAGGGUAUAGACAGUAAGAGGAAGGCUCAGGUAGAGUAACUGAGUGAAUAAGAAUGAUUGAGAUGACAUAUGGUGUAUGAUAAAAGCAUUUUUAUCGGACAUCUUGUACAUUCUUGACAUGGCAUCUGCCUCAGUGGGAAGUGCCAAUUGCAGUGAAAACCAAAAGAACUGCGGAUGCUGUAAAUCAGGAACAAAAACAGAAGUUGCUGGAAAGGUUCAGCAGGUCUGGCAGCAUCUGCGAAGAAAAGAAUCAGAGUUAACGUUUCAGGUGCAGUGACCCGUCCCAAGAACAGGAAGGGUCACUGGACUCAACGUUAACUCUGAUUUUUUCUUCACAGAUGCUGCCAGAUCUGCUGAGCUAGUGCCAAUUGCAGUAUUGAUCCACUGGUGUUCACAGCCCAUUCAAAUGGGUACAAAUUGGCUUGACAGCACAUCUAGACUCUCUGGUGAAGGUCUAAGCCAGAACAUUUAGCUCACCAAAAUAUCUGCCUUGGUGUGAGGAGAAAAUCUGUGCAGACAAUCGAAAGAUGACAGAGAUAAAAACACUGCUAUAUGUCACACAUAUAGCGAGAUAGAAGGGUUUACAAGCUUUAUUGAGGAACAGGACGGACCCAGGAUGAGCGAACUGUAGCUGAGUUGCACAGAGGCUUUGUGCACUGUGGUUUCCUUCAGAAACAUUUUGAUGCUGAUGAUCAUGUAGACAUUGAAUAUUCAAAUAUUGCCGAUGUUUGUUGAGUUGGUAAAGAAAGGACAGUCAGUCAUUGCCUUACUUAUAAUGGAAUACCCAAAAAGUUCUCAACCCACUUAAAGGCCCGGAAUGUAUUAAAAUGGUGAAGAAAUCAGUCUAAUUCAGUGGCGUGGCUUUUUCGAAGCAUCCUUUUUUUUUCUGGAGCAGGAAUUGAAUUAAGGUGUGGCUUAUAUGUAAGGCAGUUCUAAAUACAAGUCAAUAUGGUAUUUUAUAACUCACUUUGUAAAUACUUUGUGUCAUAGGAAGUCAAAUACUGAAUUCUGAAGCAGAAAAAAAAUGCCUCAGCCAUAGUCCACAUGAACUGAACAAAAGCAAAAAUCCUUGGGAUGCUAGAAAUUUAAAAUCGUUACAAAAAAUGUUGGAGAAAUUGAGCAGAUGAGGCUGAAACAAUGCAUGGUCACAGAUCUGAAACCUCAACUCUGUUUCUGUCUUUGCAGAUGCUGCCUAACCUGCUGCGUAUUUCCAGUAUUUUCUGUUUUUAUUCCACAAGGCCUGGUAGUUAGUUUAUCCUUACAGUCCUGAACAGGCUGUGCUUAGCAGCCCAUCAAUCCAUUGCCCUGAGUGUGUGACAUAAGUAGAUCGUGCUUACGUUGGUCUUAGCCCUGUUUGAGCAGAGACCUUCUAUGCCACUAUUCUUUUUCUUUGCACCUUAUAAUAUUCAGAACAAAUUCUCCACCUGCUUGAAUCCCAUUCAAGACCCAAAGUGUAAACUUCAACAAGAAGAAGUGUGUACAAAUGGAUUGUAAAAGAAAUGCAUACAUUAUAUUUCAGAGAUUAUACAAAAAAUGAAUGGAUAAUUUUUUAUGCACUAAUAAUAAAUGUCUGUAUUUCAAAGAAAGCUUUGCUGUGUUGUUGUUGGGAUUAUUUAACAUUGAAGGAAGGGUUUACUUAUUGUAAAUGACAUAUUUUUAAAUCAUCUUUAACAUUUUGAAUAAAUAUGAAAGAUUUCU